AUGAUUGCUUAGAAAUAAUAGAAUAAAAACUAGGAAGAAAUUGCAUAGGGAAUUAUAGAUGAGGAGGAAUAUUAAAUUUUGAAAGAAUUGAAGGAUCUAAAAAAGUCAUUAAAAUAGAACCAAUCCAAUAUAAAAACUUUGAAAUCAGAGAUUAACGAAUUAGACUAAAAUAUCGUUUAAUCAAAAUAAUUGUUGGUUCAAAAAUUUGAGGAGCACUUCCUGAAGAAGUAUGGAUUAACUUUGUAAGACAUCAACAAUCCACUUGUGAAUUAGAAAGAGGAGGAGUAUUCAAUUAAUGAUCCUUCGGAGUAGGAUGAUGUGGAUCAGGAUGCUUUGGCAUAUAUAAGAGCUAAGAAUAAGGUGACAUAAUUGCAGAAGGCUAGAAAGUAAGAAAAGAUGCACAAAUGA